GUUGGGUUAAUCCGUCGGUCCGACGGUGGCACACUUUUCAAUCGUACUCGUGCUUUUCAUCGUAUCGGAAGUGUACGUCGACGGUAACUGUGCGCGUCUGUGAAGCACCCGUGCUCUUCGGAUCAAUUACGCAGCGCGCGCGCGUGUGUGUGUCUGUGUGCGCUUAUAAUUGGUGUGUGUGUGUAUGUAUGUGGAAAGCGCCAUCGUGUGUUGGUGAACACUACGGUGUGUGAAUAUUGCAUAGCCGUUUCAUCAAAACAGAGACCGAGCGUGAUUAGAAAAAGAGAGCUUCUUUGCGAGCGUGCUUUAUAGCUCAGCCGAUCCAAGUGUGCGUGGAAAACAGCAAAGGAGCAGAGUGUGUUGUGUGUGUGUGUGUGCGCGAGAGUAAAGGAAGAAAGCGCUGAAGGUCUUGCUUCAUCUCAGCAGGCGUGUGCAUCACGGUGCGCAUUAGUAGACGGGAGCGUGUUUGUGAAGCGUGUCAUUCUACCUGCCAGACCGGAGUGUUUGCAUAUACCACACGGGUUGAGUUUUUGGUGCAUCGGCAUCAAACCACAAAGGCAAAGGGAGUAUAUUGGUGCGCUCUUGUGUGUGUGCGUGCGUGUGACUUGAUAGGCUCGUUAGUGUACAACGGUCUCCGGUUCUUUGCCGCAACAGGGCCAACGGCGGUAUCGGUACAGCGUCGCAGCAAUCCGAAGCAAGAUGCAUAAGCUGUGGUUUACCUUUACGGUGUUUCUCGUGCUGGCCACGAUUGGCUCGUACGCGGUCGAUGCCAAGAAGAAGCUGCUCAACAACAAGUACGGCGACGGUGACUUUGAGUUCAUCGAUGAGGACGAUAAGAGCAGUCAACAACAGCCGCUGGAUUCUGGACUCUCCAUGCAGAUGAAGCAAGAUCAACAGCAGAUGAUUCCGGAAAAGAAAAAGUGGAUUCACGACCCUUCAAGUGAUCUCUGCAAACCGCUCAACUGCAAGAAGAAAGAGCUCUGCCUGUUGGAGGACGCGUACACGGCUGUCUGCGUUUCGAAGAAGGAACUCCACAAGAACAAAUUCAUCAGCAGCUACAAUUCGCUUGCAAACAGGGAGGAAAUAAUCACCAAGAGUAAAUACUUCGACGAGGAGGAAGCGAAGCGCAAAGCGGAAGCGGAAGCGGCAGCUGCAGCUGCCGCUGCUGCCGCAGCCACCGGGCUGGGCGGUGCGGUCGGAAGCGGUGUGGCCAGUGCGGCCGACACUGGCAGCAUGACGCUGAUGGCGGCGAGCGGCGAUAGCAGCACCGGAAGCAACGCGAACGAUGGCACUAGCAGCGGCCUGGAGCACGAGGAGCGCGAGGACGACGAGAGCUCGUCGCAGGAUGACGACGUGUUCUACGACAGCGAGAAGGAGGAGGACUGCAAACCGUGCCCGGUGGUGAAGCCCACCUAUCUGUGCGGCAGCGACAACUGGACCUACUCGUCGCUGUGCCGGCUGGAGUACCACAACUGUAUCCACACGACCGAGGUGAAGGUCAACUGUAUGGGCUUCUGUCCGUGCAAAGAUGCCAACCUGCUUCUUGAUCUGAAAAAGCAGCAACGGAUGGCUGACCGGAUGAGUGUGUUCAACGCCAAGUACCAGCGGACGAUCGACAGCAAUGACAUCAACGCAGACAAUCUCGUUCCAUCGGGGAAGCAGCAGCAGCAGCAACAGCAGCUGAAGGAAGAAAAGAACCGUCACUACAACCACAUCAACUCACAGUACACUUUCACGCCCGAGGAGAUCAAGUACGACAACAAGCACUACAAGUACAUCAAGUACACGACGUACAAGGGCAAGUCAUCAAUGCCGGCAUCCCGUCAGUAUGAUGGCUACGGUUCGUCCGGCAGUGGCUCGACCCGCAUGACAGUCGAGGACAAGCACAAAAUCCGAGGCUACAACGAGGUUCUCGAUAAGCCGGCCAGCACUGGCAACAACAAUGGCAACAGUAAACCAUCCAAACUGUCCGGCAGCUCGGCACGUUACCCAGGGAUGAAAUCGAGCGAAUGCAAACCGCAGCAGCUGACUGCCAUCGGUAACCGGCUGCUCGACUGGUUCUCGGUCAUCAUGGCCGACAGCAAGAAGCGGCGCCAGCACCAGCAGCAGAAAAACAAGGUACAUUUCCCGGCCGCCUGCAAGCUGGAGGCGCGCUGGAUGUUUGGCCAUCUCGACCUGAACAACGACGGCGAGCUGUCGACGCAGGAGCUGUACGAUCUCGAGCACGACCAGAACGAGCGGUGCAUCAAACCGUUCAUCGAUACGUGCGAUCUCGACCAGGACAAUACGAUCGAUCCGCGCGAAUGGUGCCGCUGCUUCGAGAAGACCGAUCGCCCGUGUGCCGCCGUCCGGCGACGCCUUGGUAACGAUCUGAGCGGAUCUUACGCACCCGAUUGUGACAGUCAAGGAUUUUACAAACCUACGCAGUGCCAUCAGGCCGUCGGUGUGUGCUGGUGCGUGGAUGAGCAUGGUGUCGAGUUUGCCAACACGCGCACGCGAGGCAAACCAAACUGCGAAGAAAUCAUCAACAACGCCACAACGCUGAACUCCGACGACGAGGACACGGAGGACUCGGACGACGAUGACGACAGCCAGGAGGGCAGCGCCGAUCGUUUGCUGGUGUUUUAAAACGCUCCACCGGUCGGUCAGCAGCAAAACCAACCAAUCGAUGUGGUUCCUUUAACAUUUCUUCCAUCUCUAUUUGCAAUUCCGAAUUCGAGAAAGUUUAUUACGUUACUGCUUUAGUUACGAUUGGAACAUGUAUUUGUUUUUGUUUCUAAAGGAAAAAACCCAGAAUCUAUGCAUUCGUUAGAUCAUUCCAUCCAAAGACACCCAAACCCGCAGCAAACCCCUGGCUUGCGGGGGGAGAGGCGUAUUUGGGGCGUGUAUUAAUUAAGGCAACGUAUAAGCAACGGUGGAUUAGACAAAUCAGCUCCCAUUUCCCGUCCUAACCAUCCCGUACUGUACCAGCGUAGUAGUGCUGGGCUGGGCAGAUGGUGUUUGCGUAAUAUAAUUCACUACUAAAUGAAACCGUUGUUUAAAGAGAAUACCCUGCAGCCCUCCCUCCCCCAUCUCCUCUCCCCGUCACCACUCUGUAUCUUCUUUCUUGCCUUCCUCUUUCUUUUUUUUCGCUCGUACGCCGCUAUUACGAGAAUGUUGGAAGUCAACCCAACCUCCGUCUUACUGGGUGCAGAGGAAAAUGCGCGAGACGUUUGCUGUUUGUUGCAUACACAUAUGCACCGUGUGUAACAAUCAGUUCAUACCACUAGAAACCUGGAAACCAUACAUUCCAGUUUUGCACCAGCACCAGUAUGUCGUCCUUUUAUGUAAAAGCAACACAUCUGUAAGCAGCGCGGCAACGCUUGGAGCUGCAUUUGGUACGAACCGGGUGCGUUCUUGCAACAACAGACGCGAUAAGAGCAAAAGUCGAGACGAGAUGAAAGAAGGCAAGAGAGAAAGAGAUAGAGAGAGGGAGAUAGAGCGCAUGAGAAAAAAAAAAUAAGCUUAUGAAAGGAACAGCGACAUACACCUUAACUUUUAGAUACUAAGCCCAAACAACAACAACAACAACAAAAAACAACACUUCUUUAGUGCUAUCCGUCUUUACUGCUGCAGAAGGCGCUGCAAAUUAGUGAGUGUGAAUGUUGCAUGCCGAAUGUUGUGUGAAAGUAACAAAAAAAAAAACUUAGAGCACGCAGACAAACUUAAGCCGGCCAGAAAAUCAAGUUUGCAAGGGAGAAAAAACAAGUAUUACAAGAUAAGUAGUAGCGACUUUUAGAAGGUAGAGUGAGCAAUGCAAAUGCAAAAUGCCUGUGCAGAAUAUUGUAUGUUUUACGUUUUGUUUGAGCGUCCCUUGCGGGGCCGCAUACAUGCUGUCCAUUAGUACUGUCAUCAACUAAAUUUCGCUCCAAAGUGCUCGAAUUUGCAACGGCAAAAAACGCUGUUUGCGAGCAUCGGUCACUACACACACUACUAUCCCUUGAAACAAUGCCCAAAGCCGCGUAGUUUAGUGUCAACGCAUAGCACGCUGUACAACUUGUAUGUAUGUAAGACCUUGCAGGAUGUUGCAUUUUUGGCACGGCAUUUACACCACGAGCUAUUGUAGUAGGCUGAAGGAAGAAUCACACCGGAGCUACAUAAUUCAUUCGCUUAGAAAGGCUCGUCUGCCAUGGCAACAUCAGGCAAACGCCUGCUAAGGGGAAAAGCGAGCAGGACAAAUAGCCAUUAUUUGGAUCCUUCUGAAGAUGAUAGCUAAUUUUAAAGGAACACACACAUACAAAAAUCAGUCCGUUCCGCUCAUGCCUCCGCUCGACAAACAGUGUCGCAACACACAGCCGCAUCCGUGUGCGUGUGUUUCUUUUCUGUGUAUGGUGUGUAGGGUUGUACUAAACGGUCGCUCGAUACGAUAAAGUAGUAGAAUGGUUACAUGUGCUUUUUUAGGCGUGCGAUCAAUCUACCGGCAGCGUGCGUACGCGUUCGCUAUGAUGCAAUAGAAUGAUUUUUGCUUACACUUACUGCUAACCAUUGCUAGCACCAUUAGAGGUACGUGGUCAGUACUAACAAUUACUCCCAACUCCAUAGCAUCCAAUAGUCCGGCACACAUCACAAUGCACCAUUGACAAAGUGGAAGGUUUGUAGAGACGAAAAACUAGUGAAACAAAAUACACAUAACCCAUCAACAUACCCCCGCGGUUGUUCUACGCGCUCGCUUUGCGACGAUUUGUCCUUCAACAUUUUGACACUCACACAUGCACAACACACGUAUGCAGUACCAGUGCACUACCACGCAUUAAAUGAUCACCCUGCCCAUUACGCACCGUACAGCGUACACCAACCGUGCGCGUGUUGCUGCGUACACUUCACGCUGGUAUUGCAAUGAGUGGUGGCAAAAACAUACACGAUGGAUGGUAACAAUGGAUGUACUAUUUGAGAUAAAAAAGCAGAAAAACACAACCAAAAUGAAACGAUGUUGUAAAUCUAGCAGCACACGCAGCCGCAGUAGUAAUAGGAAGUAAGUCUGCAAUUUAAGUUAAGCAAAUUCACCAGGAAAGCAUGUAGAGCAAUGUGCGCUUCAUCUGACUGGGGUCUAAAAUACCUUGCUUGGUGGGACUUGUUUGAUCUUUUGAAACACAUUUGACGUGGAUACAUGUUUGUAUGUGUAUGUGUCCCUUAUCCCCCCCCCCUCACCACGUUCCUAGCGGAUUCAUGUCUUUUUAAAACAAUUCUUCCUGUACACAACGUUCCCACACAAGCACUCGUAGAUAAGUAAAAUAUGGAAAGAAAACAAAAACUGUUUGGUUAUGUUGAUGUAUCGCAUUUGCGCUGGAUGGAGCUUACAUUGGGAAUGAUUCUGAUAGUAAACUCGUUUAGUAAACAAACAGCAACAGUCAAUAAAAGAAAAAAAACUUAGUCAUAAUUACCAAACCAAUGCAUCUACCAAAUCAAAACAUUUUGAGCUAACUAGAACCACACACUUCAUUAGUAAUACAGGCAACUAAAAAAAUAAAAGUAAGAAGCAACAGUACUAGAGCAACUACCACCACCAUCAUCAACACAGCCUGUCAGAGCCGUUUGAAGCAAACUCCUACCACAGCCAACUACGAGGGACACACUUUUACUAAGCCCCGCAAAACAAAAGCCCCAAUUCAAAAACCCAUCUUGUACCUACCAGUAAACGCUUAAUCGCAGCAAACCUGUAAUUUCUGCUCCACCCACUGACACAGCUCGAAGAGGAAGAGGGAAAAGGACAGCAGCAACCAUUCCUCGUUUUGGUGUUUGUGUAUGUAAGUGUGCGGUGUGAUCGUGUGUGUGUGUGUCUGUGUAUGCUUCAAUGAGAUAGGGUGAAUCACCAUUACCACUAAACUAACUGGUUUAAGAAGUAAGAGUAGAAUCAGCAAACCACAGAGACAGAGACAGAGAGAGAGAAGAAGCAAAAGAUGUGCAAACCAAGGGGGAGCAAACUUUACCACAUAAGCUGAAAGAAAAGGAAAACCAUCGACCGAGGGGCCGUGCGCGUGUAGGAAGUAUGCAGCAUAAAUACUACUGGGUGUGCGGUAGAGAGUGUGGGCAUGGGCAAGCAAAGCGAACGGCAUAACACAAAAUAAAAUCAGUAAAGUACGACGAAU